AAGCGCGGCCUGCGGGCGGCGGCGGCGCUCAGUGGCCGCGGGUGCGGGGAGGCGGCCGCGCCGGCCGGGCCAUGAACGGGCUGCCGGCGGCCGAGGCUCCGGGCGGCGGGGGCUUCGCCCUGGCCGGCCUCCCGCCGCUCCCGCGCGGCCUCAGCGGGCUGCUCAAUGCGAGCGGGGGCUCGUGGCGGGAGCUGGAGCGCGUCUACAGCCAGCGCAGCCGCAUCCACGACGAGCUCAGCCGCGCCGCCCGCGCCCCGGACGGGCCCCGCGCCGCCGCCAACGGCGGCCCCGCCCCCGGCGCCCCCGGCCCGCGCCGCCCGGUCAACCUGGACUCGGCGCUCGCGGCGCUGCGCAAGGAGAUGGUGGGGCUUCGGCAGCUGGACAUGUCGCUGCUGUGCCAGCUGUGGGGCCUGUACGAGUCGAUCCAGGACUACAAGCACCUGUGCCAGGACCUGAGCCUGUGCCAGGACCUGUCAUCCUCCCUGCACUCAGACAGCUCCUACCCGCCCGACGCCGGCCUCUCCGACGACGACGAGCCUGAUGCCAGCCUGCCCCCAGACCCGCCGCCCCUCAUGGUGCCACAGACGCACAACGCCCGGGACCAGUGGCUGCAGGACGCCUUCCACAUCAGCCUCUGAGGGGCUGGCGCAGCAUGGGAGGUGCCACUGCAGUGCUUGCUUAGCCCUCCAGCGUCCCAGGGAGGGCAGAGGCCCGGCCGUAGAGACCGAAGCGACUCAUCCACUCUUCUGUCUGGGUUGGCUGGCACUGCGGUGGGCACCUCGGCUACAGCCUCUGCCCAGAGCUCUGGGCCUCCACAUGUGCACCCCAGCUCGGAGGGUCCUCAGGCUGGCGGUGGGGCCCCCAUACUCACCCCAGCUCCUUUUCACCUCUUGGCUGCCCUUGGCAGCUGCUGGCUCAGGGGCACCGCACCUCGCGUCCGCGUCCUGGGGUGGCACGGCCCUAGACAGGGCUCUAGGGCCCACCCCUGCACCCACCAAGGGCAGGGGGACCAGGGCCCCAUGCUGGAUCUUGCUCAGGGCCCAACUCCUGGGCGCGUAGAUUCUCAAUAAACACUCAGCGCUC